GAAUGUGAUCCUGCAGAGAGAAGAGCAGAGCGGGAUGGAGAACCCGAACCCGAACCCGAACCCGAACCCGAACCCGGCACAGAACCAGAACCAGAACACACCGGCCUCGUGCACCAAAGGAACCGACGUUCAGAUAUGGAGAGGAAAAGAAGAACCGCAGAGUGACACAUCCUUCCAAACAUCGACGUCUUUGAAGACAGAGAGAGAGAAACCGUACAGCUGUGACCUCUGUGAGAAAGCGUUUGCUCGUCUGACUCACUUGAAGAACCAUCAGAGCGUUCACACGGGAGAGAAACUACACGGCUGUCGGCUGUGCGGGAAAGCGUUUGCUCGAGCGGGUUCUUUAAGAGUCCACUUUCGCAUUCACACCGGAGAGAAACCGUUCACCUGUGACCAGUGUGGGGCCACUUUCUCACACAGGGGCCACUUCAAAACUCACCAGAACAUCCACACCGGAGAGAGGCAGACCGAAUGUGAUCAGUGUGGGAAAACGUUCACCAACGCCGCCGCCUUGAAGUACCACCUACGCAUCCACGCCGGGGAGAAACCGCACGAGUGUGAGCACUGCGGGAAGUCCUUCACCAGACGGAGUCCUCUGAUCCGUCACCUGCGCAUCCACUCCGGAGAGAAGCCGUACUGGUGCGAUGUGUGCGGGAAACAUUUUGCUCGAGGGAGCGCCAUGAAAGUCCACCGCCGCCUUCACACCGGAGAGAAACCGUACUGGUGUGAUCAGUGUGGGAAAACGUACGCCGCGUCAGGCAGCCUGAACCUCCACAAACGAUGUCACACAGGGGACUUUUAACUCUUCUCACAGCUGUUUGCUGAUUUGUUACCAUGGCAACAACAUGCAGCAAAAGGGCCGAGGUCGGAUUCGAACCGGAGGACUGUUGCCUCUGUACAUGGGACGCGCGUCAUAACCGUUAGGCCAUAGUCACUGAUAUGAUCCGUUCUAGUUUCUGAAUAUAUUUGACAUUUUUCAUAUUUAUUCAUGAUUUGUUUUGACGAACCUGUUCCACUGAGACUCAGACCUUUAAAACAGUAUUUGAACGCUCCCCCUCUCAGGUAAACACCGGGCAGGUUUUGUCUUCAUGAAAAGUUUUUCGUCAUCGUUUUGUUUGUAUUAAAAAGUUUUACCCAAACUCCAGAAACGAUGACUAACCAUCUUUUCUUCUGCUGCGUUCCUCGUUUCUUUUGUUUCAUUUUGCAGCGUUUCUGUUUCUAUUUUUUUAUCGACUUCCUCUGAAUGAUCUUUGACUUCUGUUUUGAUUCUGUUCAUGUGUCUGGAUCUGUAGAAUAAAAACUCCUCCAGAUGA